AUCAUCCAAUCAAUAUUAUAUUGUGAGUACAUAUUAACAGAACAAUCUUCAUAGAAAAUAAAGAGUAUUGAAAUGGCUGAGGGAAAAGGAAGAGUUUGUGUAACUGGAGGGACAGGUUUUCUUGGUUCAUGGAUUAUCAAAAGACUACUUGAAGAUGGUUACUCUGUUAAUACCACUGUUAGAGCUGAUCCAGAACGUAAGAGAGACCUUAGCUUCCUCACAAAUCUUCCUAAUGCAUCUGAAAGACUACAAUUUUUCAACGCCGAUCUAAGCAAUCCAGAAAGUUUUUCCACAGCAAUUGAAGGUUGUGUUGGGAUAUUCCACACUGCAUCUCCAAUUGAUUUUGCAGUUAGUGAACCUGAAGAAGUUGUGACAAAAAGAACAGUUGAUGGAGCAUUAGGCAUUUUAAAAGCAUGUGUUCAUUCAAAGACAGUAAAAAGAGUUAUAUACACUUCAAGUGGCUCUGCUGUUUCAUUCACUGGAAAAGACAAACAAGUCUUGGAUGAGAGUGAUUGGAGUGAUGUUGAUUUGUUUAGAACUGUCAAACCAUUUGGUUGGUCUUAUGGAGUUUCAAAGACUUUGGCAGAAAAAGCAGUGCUUCAAUUUGGUGAACAACAUGGUCUUGAUGUUGUCACUUUGGUUCUUCCUUUUAUUGUUGGACGUUUCAUUUGUCCUAAGCUUCCUGAUUCUAUUGAGAAAGCUCUUGUUUUGGUAUUAGGGAAAAAAGAACAAAUUGGUGUGACACGUUUCCACAUGGUACAUGUGGAUGAUGUAGCUAGAGCACACAUAUAUCUACUUGAGAAUCCUGUUGAAGGAGGAAGAUAUAAUUGUUCACCAUUCAUUGUAUCUAUUGAAGAGAUGUCUCAACUUCUUUCAGCUAAAUAUCCAGAAUUUCAAAUUCUAACAGUAGAUGAGUUGAAGGAAAUUAAAGGUGCAAGGUUACCACAUUUAAACUCAAAGAAGCUAGUGGACGCUGGUUUUGAAUUUAAGUAUAGUGUUGAUGAUAUGUUUGACGAUGCAAUUCAAUGCUGCAAGGAAAAAAACUAUCUCUAGAUCUAAAGUUUCUAUAACUAUAGAAGAUCUUUUUUCCUAAGUUUGUGUUUGGAAAUUAAUGCUGUAACAUCUCGUUGACAAAACAAUAAAGUGCCUAAGAUCAAUGAAAUAAUCAAUUUAUUUUUCUGAAUA